AUGUCAUACAGCCAAACACAACAUUGGCCUUGCCCCGUGCUCCAUGCCAUUCGGACCCCCAUCUCAAUACAGGCCUGCACCACGUGUGUUUCUUCAACAGCACCACUCGUGUUGGCCUGCACCACAUGUGUUGCUUUAACAGCAGCACUCGUGUCCCACAGCGUACAACACCGUCUCGGCCCUCAUGCCCCCCUCACCUUCACCCUCCCCCUUCCGCUCCCCAUCACCCAUCCCCAUCCCCGUCCCCCUCCCCCUCCCCAUCACCCAUCACCGUCCCCGUCCCCGUCCCCCUCCCCCUCCCCAUCCCCAUCCCCAUCCCCAUCCCCAUCCCCAUCCCCAUCCCCAUCCCCAUCCCCAUCCCCAUCCCCAUCCCCAUCCCCAUCCCCAUCCCCAUCCCCAUCCCCAUCCCCAUCCGUAUGCCCACGCCCAUGCCCAUCCCCAUCCCCAUCCCCAUCCCAUGCCUUACCGCUUCCACCAGGUCUGCUGCUGCAACCGCAGCCCUCCGCCCUGCCCCGCAUGACUGCACGGCCACGAGAUGGAGAGGAGGAGCAGGUGGCGAGAGGAGGGCCAAUCGAACGGAAACAAUACAGAAAAUUAUGGGACAGGCGAGACACUAACGACACGUGA